AUGAUAACCCCAUCCGAGAAAACAGAGGCAGCGACAAACGAACGUUCAUCAGAAAAUCUCACACAAGCUAAGCUCGAGUCUGGAGUUAAACGUGCUUGCUGUUCAAUGCGUUUCUCAAUCACCGACCCCUCGCUUCAGUUUUUCAUACUAAGCACUUGUCAACCCGCGGCGAUAAAAGAGAAGAUAGCGUCGCUCAGUGCUACCGUUCUCGCCAUUUCUGGCCUUCACCUCGUAACCAUCCAAGCUGUCCAAGACAGCUCUAUAGCCAAUUUUGAAGAGCGACUGCUCCUACUGUUCAACCUUGCCUGUCGUGUUCAGAUCGUCCUUUUUUGCAACUCAGUUUCAGAAGGCAUCAAGCGUAAUCCAGUCGUGACUGUCAAACGUUUGUCGUAUUCCUUAAAGCCGCUUGGGUUUGUUGGAAUUCCAAGACUGAGCAUGAACGCGUCUUGGAUUCAGACUUCGCGUUGGCGAUUAGCUGAUGAGCACUUUGAAAUCUUCGUGUACACCGUCUAUCGACAAGUUGUGUCGCUAGAGUUACUUGUCGCUGUGACGUACAGCUCCGUAGGACGGCUCGUGGCAAGAUCUUGA